UGACGUCACGGGCACUGUACGGCGCGCCGCUGGUGACCGGAACGGAAAGCGCGGAGUGACCGAAAGCGGGGAAAGCAGAGGACAGUCUGAUGGAGUGAUAAUGCCACAGCUGGAUCAACUGAAGAGGAAAAUAAAGUCAGGGAAGGAAAUGGCCAAAAACAUUAAAGCUGGGCCUUCUUUCAGUGAGCCAGACACUGAGGGCGCUCCGUCUGAACCUAAAAGGCCCCAAACCACUAAUGUUGGUGGAGCAGAUAGAUCUCUGUCAGAAGAAAAUGAAGGAACUCAGGAUGACUCUGAAUCCACACAGGCAGACCCUCCUGGCUACCUGGGGGAAAAUGACAUUUGUGCUUGUUCUUUUUGUGAUUUUGUGGCAAAAAACCCAACUGCACUGAAAGUUCACUCUAAAAGGAAACAUUCUCAGAGGGCUUUGAGCUCCCACGCAGAAAAUGUCUCUCAGAAGAACUGUGGAGAAUCAGCUCUUUCUGAUGUUAAAGAGAUGGAAAACAUUCUAUACACAGACAGAGAAGACGCAUAUCAGCCUGAACACUUAGCAGUACCUACACAGCCGGAAAUGACAUUACUAAUGUCACCGAAAAAUGUGCCACUCAAACAAUCAGAAAGAACUUCCAGUUAUCAAACAGAAAACAGCCCAGACCAGUCUCCUGGUAAUGAGGCUGAAACAACACAGAAUCACUGUGAUCAGUCAGCAGGGGACAUCUCCAGCCCCACACGGAUUCUUCUGGAAAUGAUUGACCCUUCAUUAGGUGACAACAGAAAGUAUGGGACAUGUGAAAUGAAGACAGUAGAUGAAGGUACAGAAAACGGUCAGGUUGGAUUGACUUGUAGCUCUGAUGUGGCGGGUAAACGAACUAGCAAAAGAUGCCCAAAGCCUAAAGUCCUGCAUGCAUGCUCUUACUGUGGACAUGAAUUUCGAGAUAGGCCUAGUCUAGAGAUGCACGUGAAAAGACGACACACAAAAGUAAUGAACUACUUUUGCAAGUUCUGCUCGUAUUCAUGUGUGGCCAAGUGUGAUUACGAGAAGCACUGCAUGAGCAAUAAGCACAGAAGAAAAAUAUUAGAAAAGCGAGAAACAUCUUUCGAGGUUGAUAAAGUUGACUCUACAGGGGGCACUUCUGAGCACCAGUGCAGCAGCUGCUCUUUCACAGCCAGCAGCUCCAUCCUGCUUGUUGAGCACAUGAAACUGCAGCAUGGUGCAGAGAACAGGCUGCACUGCCAGAUGUGCCACUUUUACACUUGCACAGCUGAGGCAAUGCAGGCACACCUGGAAGCACCCCUCCACUUGCAAGCUGCUCAGGAGAAAAAUACCAGUCCACUGUACCAGCACUGCGUGGAAAAGGUUCUGGUGAUUCUUUCCAAUGAACAGAGAGAGGAAGAACAGAGAGAAGAGAUGAGUGAGCAAGGGGGUAAGAGAGAGGUAGAGCCUCAGAGUGUUUCUAAGUAUGUCCCAGAGUUUCAGGAAACUGCAAAUUUUUCAACAGAAGAAAACUUUGAGGGAAGCAUUACUCACAGACGAAAGCGUGGGAGACCGAAAUCGAGUCAUGUAACCACCUGCAGCCACUGUGGCCUCAUUGCGUCCAAUCCCACGAACCUCAGCGUGCAUAUCCGCCGUAGGCACAGUCGCCUGUACAGCUUCUUCUGCAAGCUCUGCAACUAUUACUGCGUAACUAAAGGGGACAUGGAUCGCCACUGCGAGACUAAGAAGCAUAUUAAACGAGCGCAGGCAGACGGGGCUGCUGAGGCCGUGGUGUGUUUAGACACUGAGCAGGCAGUUCAAGUGAGUGAGGAUGAGGUGGUGUGGGCUGCACAAAUGAAAGGAGCGACCGGAGACGAAAAAGACAGUGAUGAAAUGGAGCAAACUCUGAGUGAGGCACCAUGUAAAAAAAACAAGUACGACCUGGUGAACUCAUGCAGUCACUGUGAUUUUGUUGCCCACUCUAUGGCCUCCCUUAGGCUCCAUGUGCGGCGCAAACACAAACGGGACUUUGAGUUUGUUUGUCUGGCAUGCAGUUAUUAUGCCGUGACACACAGGGAGAUGUCCAGACACAUGGCCACAGAAAAACACAAACAGAAACGGGACACCUACCUGCAGCAGAGGGACAGAAAAGAUUCAGCUGAGGUGAAUCAACACUUGGCAUCAGCUAACCAAACAACCUUUACUGAAGAUGCACACCAGAACAUGAAGAAACCCUCAGCUAAAGAGACAGGAGAUUCAGCAGAAGCUCUAGAAAGAACAGAUGGAGUAGAGAAUGAUAUGACCUUAGAAAGGGUCACGAAGACCAAAGAGCCAAACCAAAGUUCUGCUGAAAAUAUGUGUGGCCUGGUGCAGUCAAACAGUCCAGGCGAACAUGUAAUGGAGUACACUGAGGAGGAUGACGAAGAUGAAGAUGAGGAAUCACUGGAGGUGAAAGCUGAUGGUGAGAACCUGCGUCUGAGAGCCACUCCAUUUGAUAAAUGCAUUUUCCAUCUUAAAGCACAGACUGAGGCCCUGCAAGAGGUGACUGAAGGAGACUCUAAACCAACCACCAGAGCAUCAAGCCUGCAGGGGGUGAAAAACCAAAGGCUAGCCGAAAGUGCAGGCACUAAAGGAGCUGCUCCGAACCCACGGAUCCGCUGUGAAGAUUGUGGCUUCUUGGCUGAUGGCCUGAGCGGCUUGAAUGUCCACAUCUCCAUGAAGCAUCCAUCCAAGGAGAAGCAUUUCCAUUGCCUGCUGUGCGGAAAGUCCUUCUACACAGACAGCAACCUGCAACAGCAUCUGAGCAGUGCUGCCCACCUGCGCAAUGAACAAGGGAGUGUGGAGGAGCUUCCAGAAGGGGGCGCCAGCUUCAAAUGUGUGCGGUGCAGUGAGCUUUGUGGGACAGAACAGGAGCUUUUCUUGCACAUCAAAGAGAAACACGAGGAACUGCUGAGAGAGGUUAAUAAGUACAUUCUAGAGGACACAGAGCAAAUCAACCGAGAACGGCAGGAGAACCAGGGCAGUGUCUGUAAAUACUGUGGAAAAGUCUGCAAGAGCAGCAACUCCAUGGCUUUCCUGGCUCAUGUGCGCACACACACAGGAUCAAAGCCGUUCAUGUGUAAAAUCUGUAAUUUUGCUACAGCACAGCUCGGAGACGCGAGGAACCAUGUAAAGAGACACUUAGGCAUGAGGGAGUAUAAAUGCCACGUCUGCGGGUGGGCGUUCGUGAUGAAGAAGCACUUGAACACACACCUGCUGGGCAAGCACGGACUGGGGCAGCCAAAAGAAAGGAAGUAUGAGUGCGAGUUGUGUGAGCGGAGCUUUAGUGAGAAGUGGGCUCUGAAUAAUCACAUGAAGCUUCACACUGGAGACAAACCAUACAAAUGCAGCUGGGAAUCCUGCCACUAUGCCUUCCUCACACUGUCUGCCAUGAAGGACCACUACAGGACACACACAGGUGAAAAGUCAUUUUUGUGCGACCUCUGUGGUUUUGCCGGUGGGACUCGCCAUGCCCUCACCAAACACCGUCGCCAACACACAGGUGAACGGCCAUUCAGGUGCCAGUUGUGCAGUUUUGCAUCAACAACCCAGUCUCACUUGACCAGACACAAGCGUGUUCACACAGGAGAGAAACCCUACCGCUGCCCCUGGUGUGAUUACAGGUCAAACUGUGCUGAGAAUAUUCGAAAGCACAUCCUGCACACAGGGAAGCAUGAGGGAGUGAUGAUGUAUAACUGCCCGAAAUGUGAUUACGGCACUAACGCUCCAAUGGACUUCCGGAACCAUCUGAAGGAAAAUCACCCGGACAUCGAAAACCCUGACUUGGCCUACCUGCAUGCAGGAAUUGUGUCCAAAUCAUUUGAAUGCCGUCUGAAGGGUCAGGGGGCAUCAUAUGUUGAGACUGAAUCUGCGUUUGCGCCAGAUGAAGGGCGGCUGGGCUCAGAGGCACUGCAGCAAGUGAUCAUCAUCCAAGGCUAUGGCGAAGCAGGAGCUAUGGAGCAGGAGUUGGAGGAGUCGGCUGCUGCCACACUGCACACGCUCGCCAUGACACACACACACACACAGCUGCAGGUGGCCCAGGUGCUGCACAUCACCGAAGAUGGACAGGUUAUCCCCUGCCACAAGGUGGCGCCAUCCGGGACCCCACUGCCUGAGGGAGCAACACAGUACCUGCUGGUGGAGGGCCAGGAAGAGGGCCAGAGCAGUCCGGAGCAGGCUGGGGUCAGCCAGGUGCUGUCCGAAUCCUCCACUGCACUGGAUGCCCUGCUGUGUGCUGUGUCAGAGAUUGGCCAGCAGGGCAGCGCCGGAGAGACAGAAAUCAUCACCUCAGAGCAAGAGGGUCAUGCCCAGGGUGAGGGGCAUGAGGAAGUACAGGUAUAUGGGGAGGUUGUAGAAGGUGUUGAAGGUGAGGGAGCAGAGUCAGUAGACGUUGUCACGCAAGUGGUUGGUCAUGGCAACCAGGACACACCUGAAGGGGUUGUGCAGGAAGUGCUACAGUUUGCCGCCAGCCAGUUGAUGAUGAAGGAGGGGCUUACACAGGUAAUUGUAAACGAUGAGGGAACGCAUUAUAUUGUAACAGAGCUGGAUGACUCCACCCUGCAGGUAGAGGGCACUGUGUAUGCUCAGAGUGAAGGAGCAGAGUCUGGGGAAACCAGUCAACCACAUGAGGGCACAGUAACCUAUUCACACAUCAGCCUUAACCAAGCUGCUCAGGAAUGAAGGGAUGGGCCCCAAAGAGCUUAUACCCUGCACCAUUUGGCUCCACCCACUAACUCAGGAGCUGGAGCAGGCUGGUUUGGGCUCUGAUGAUCGAUAAUCAACAACUCCCUGCUGCCAGUGAAAAGCUGUAGCAAAUUCUUUUUAAUUUCUAAGGAUAUUUUCUCCUUAUUUCAAGCUCAGUCUUUGCAAGAGGCAAUGUUGUAGCUUCAUGAUCAGAGAUCCCUUCAUGGAAAAGGUCCCACCAAAUUGUUUGUGACCGCUCAAAAGAUGGUACUUAGACAAAAUUUGUUCAACAAAGCCAUGUUGCAUUUUGUUUUUUUAUUUUUUUGUUUUUUGAAUGUUCUACAAGAAUAUAAUGCAUUGAAGAAUUCAUCUCAAUGUUUUGUUUUUGAAUAUUUCAGUAAGCUUCUUUCUUUACAUUUGGUUAGAUAGGAAUUUGCUUGCUUUUUGAGUUUCUUGCAAAUGGGUUGUCAGUGUUCAGCAGCAGACACUCAAAAUCACACUGAACCUCAUCACUGCUAUACUUCCCUUACAAUGGUUUUUAAUUAAUUUGAAGCCCGUUAACUGAUUAAUGUAAUUCUUUUGCAGGAAAUACGGUGUAUUUUUCUGGCUGUUAUCCAUUUUUUUUAUCCUUGCUCUGCCCACAAAGGCAUUCUUUCAUAGAUACUGUUGCAAGGUUGGGCAUGUAUUACAAAAAGCUGGCAAAUCCUGAAGCACACAGAGAUUUGCAAUAGUUGAAAUUGAUAAUUAAAUGUAGUUGAUUCAGGUUGAAAAGGAAUAUUAAAAACAUUCUGUAAAACCUUCUGUCCAAGAACACAUUUUAGGCAGACCAUGGAUAGUAUAGUGAAUUUGUUCAUUGUUUGCUGACAUCUCUCCCAUGUUGUAAAUGAUUCUUGUUUUUUUUCUGUAUUAUGCUGACUGUAGUAAGCCUGGGAAGUUUGAAUUCAGACAGUUUGAAUUCAGACUGAAGUCAUUCACAGUUUCUUUUUACAUUCUACUCAUAAAAGCUUUACUUUGCAUUUUUCUGUGUUGAUUCUUGUCUAAAUGUAAAUUAUACUCCACUUCAGUGCUGAUUUCUCUGAAAUUAAUUCUGAAUGCCUUCAGCUCAAUAACAUCAAAAUUACACUGAAAAAAAAUUGUUUGUGAAAUUUUCUACUGUGAUAGGUUUUGAGGGUUCCAAUAUGAAUAACAGAAAUCAGUAAUAGUAACAUGUUUAAUUGAAUAAAAACAAUAAGAAUAAUGAAAUGUA